AAACUUCCUGGUUGAUAAAAUUUCCGGUUACAAUGAGUGUCUCUAUUAAAACCUCAAUGUGAUAUUUCAUACUUAAUUUAUAUCUACUAUCUACAUAACUAAUGUGUCGUCCUUCUGGGGGACAUAUUGAUGCCGAUAUUGGUUGUAACUCUGGAAUAUGUUUGAUAUACAACGCUUAGUCUUUUUCCUACUCAAACUGUUGUGUCUUAUGCGAACAAAUGCAAACACUGAAAGGACCAUCUGUCUUACAGAACUUCUCGCAUUUUAUUAUAAAUCCGAGAAAUCAUGUUCAUUUACUAAAACAUUCUUCAUGGAGAACUUUAAAGAUAGUCCAAGAACCUGUCUAGUCACGUGUACAUUAAAGGCAUUGACACCAGAUCUGAAAGACGUUACGAGAUAUGAACUUGAAAAACUGGAAAUUAAAUACGCAAACACCUCCUUCACUUUCACAAUGAGGAAGCCAUGUGGACAUUUUAUAAACACUGACGUGGAAAUAGCUAUGACAUGUGAUGAAAGGGGAUUUUACGACAAGAGAAUAGGUGAAUCCUGUACUACACAAAGCCAUUGUGAUGUCAGCAACCCUUAUUCGACGUGCAAUACUUCAAAUGCUGUAUGCGAAUGCAAAGAAGGAUAUUUUGCAAGGUUUAACACUUGUUUCAAAAAGCAUCUUUCGAUAGGCGAUACAUGCGAAUUAAAUGAACAAUGCUUGGGAAACACAGGAUUUGGGUUUUGUAGACAAACAGAACAAGGCAAAGUAUGUUCGUUUCUUCCGGAAUCUGAUUAUAUCCGUUCGUCUCAACACACAGGUUUUCAAACCAACAGUCUGCCAAACUGGACGGAACGUUCGCCUGAUGGUAUCCUUGAAACAACACUGGUAUACUCAUCAAAAGAAAUGGCGAGGACUAACGACCUCCCAGUUGGUAUGAUUGUUGGUGCUGCUGCGACAGGGUUUGUUUUGGGGAUCAUUUUCUGCGGGAUUUUCUACGUCAUACUCUCACGAUGCAAGAAUUCGACAUCUGCGAAAAGGUUCGCUGCGACUUUCGAUAAUACAAGAAAUAAAGUUCCUGUAAUAAGCGCAGGGAAAACAGUACAAAAGACAGUUCAGGUAUCAGAGGAAGGAUCUCAGAAACACGUCGACCGCAAAGGACAGACGUCACCGCCUGAUGACAUCUAUAACCACCUUAGUGAUGCUUCCGGUAUGUCGGAUAUCCAGCCUGAAUACGACCAUGUCCCCUCUAAUGAUACAGAUGGCGACACAUACCAUCGUCUAGAUUUAAGCAACACCAGAAACAUGAAUACAAUACCAUUGGUUGAUAUCGAGAACCAUUAUGACUAGAAUCUUUGUAAUAGUGACAGUGUACAAAGCAACAUCCCUCCCAAGAUAAUUGAUUACUGAUAGACUGUUAUAAUAGCUUUUUGAAAAUAUUCAUAUUUCCAAUGUUUUUGCCUUCGAUAUAUUUACCAUGUGCGUAUGAAUCUUUAUAAAUAUAGUGCAACUAUUUCAGUAGUUGUGAGUAUUUCGAAAGAAUUGAAAAUAAUAUGUGAAGAUGGAAAAUAAAUUUCGAUUUCGAAUAUACAUGAGGGUUUGGGCAACAACGCAUCACGCCAGGAUACUUUUCAUAAUGCGCGAACGCGUUUCGUGGAGUAUUCUGGCGUAAAACGCUGUGGUUCAUUCAAAAAUAAAAUUCAUAUCUCAAGUAAACACGAAAUUAUAAAUUACAGACAGAAGUCUGGAGUUUUAUUGUUUCUUCUAUAUUUAGAUAUUGCGUAUCUAAGUUUUGUAUGAAGCCAAUGAAGGGCAAUUACAAAUUACACUGGACAUUAUAUAUUAAAAUAUUUAAUCGGUCGAUAUCAUCACUAAAAAAGAAGAGAUUUUAUAAAGUUAAAAAUAGAAAUAACUUCCAUAACAUACACGAAUUAUUUUUGCCGUCUUCAACUGAUUUGGGGGUAUGUUUCGUCAAUUUUAAUUCUUUUGUAUAUUUGAUAUGGUCUCUCAAAAGAAAAAAAGUGCAAUAAAGAUAUAGACAUUUUUGUAAUGUUUGCUUCAUGUCGCUUUCUUCUACGUGUAUGUUUGUAACUAAAUUCCUAUGUAACUACACAAGUUUUAAUUUAUAAGCAAUUUCAAACUGUACGCUGUGUGUUUGUUUAUUGUUUAAUUUCAAACUAACCUCAAUAAAUGUUGUUUAUGUAUGUUAUACGUAUAUGUUUAUUCAUGUUUUACUGAUUAAUGUCAGUCAAAAGCUUCACAAGGCUUGUAAUUUUGUUGUAUGUAUUCUGACCUGAAGAACAUCAAUUCAAUAAAGUAUAACAAUAUCUCC